GGACUUGGACCCGCCCGGCGCCGCCGAAGACCCCAGUUCCGCCGACGCCGACGCCGAAGCACGCGCCCCUCGCGAGUGUUGUGACAGUGAGCCCCGCCACCCGUGUGUCGCAGUGAUCCCCCUUCGCUUCGUGGAUUGUGACGUUGGAAUUUGGAUGUUUCGGUGUUUGUGUAGACGGCUUGAAUCUGAAAACUCCACGCGGAGGGAUGGUUCUGGUGUUGCUAGGAGUUGUUUAUGUCUGAAAAGUGAACUUCAACAAAGCUGCACAUACUUUUAAUGCAGCAACGUCCAAAAAAUUCUAAGAAUAAUGAAGUGCAAGAGUGCGAAACUGAAGUGUGUUACUCCAAGGAUUUAGUUUCGAUACAAUACUGAAUUCGCCUUCUGUGAACUUCCGCGUGAUCUUUUGAGAAGCGAACGGAGGCGCAAUGUUGAACUUUGAACUUUGACGCUUAUACCAAACUUGGAAGUAUCCAAUCGAAGUGGUCCGCGCAACGGGGAUUGCGUCUGUGUAAUUCAUCUGAUUAUGCGCUCCUUUAAGGAAACGAGUUCAUCUCCAUGAUUCAAAAUAAUCUUCUCAUUCUCAUUCUGUCCGCAAUUUCAACCUUUCUUGCGUUGGCGAUAAUCGAAAUCAGCAGUGCCAAAAUCGAAGGAGGAUGGGACACGGACCCGAAGACGCAGUACCACAUCCAGACGGACGAGGGCCCAGAGCGGUACUUCCGGUACCAGACGAUGAGCGGGCAGUACCGCAAGGAGAAGCGGCUCCCGGACGGUACCGUCGUCGGCUCCUACGGCUGGGUCGACCCGGACGGCUACCUACGCCUUCGGGACUACAUCGCAGACGACAAAGGCUAUCGUAUCGUCAAAACCAAAAAGGUUUUUGUUGGUAAGGAAGCACCGAUAGGUAACGCGGUGGCUUCAGCGAAAUAUGUGCCAAGCCAAGGUGGUGUGGGAGUAGAAAACGCACAGCUGAAACCCCAGCCUCCCGUCUACAAAUCAUCUUACGACAGCUCUGCCUUGCUCCGCUUCCCAACGACCCUGGAACCCAGCUCCACCCCCAUCUCACUAGCCGACUACCUCAAAUCCAAAGAGUCACCCAAUGCCAUCCCUGUCUCAGAUUACCUCCACGAACGAAAGCAGCAAGUCCAGGACUACCUCAGGUUCGGGGAGCGCAAGCAGGAACCGGAAGUGGUGGUGACGCCGAACGCGUACCCGAAGCCAGAGAACUACUCGCCGCUGUCUCAAGACUACGUGCAACCGAUCACAUUCCGGCCGUACUUCAACACCAAGACCUACAACGACAACACUCUGGACAACGCCAUCCUCGACUCGAGCUACGACGGCGUGGCCAUGACUCACAACGGCUUCCGCUACUACCUCCCGCGCCACUACCACGAAGAGGAGUCCCCCAACAGUUACCAGCGAGCCGGCAGCUUCGGCUACAUCGAUCCCUUCGGCAUCCGGAGGGUCAUCUACUAUAACACGAGUCCAGGGAGCGGUUUUAAGGUGCGAAAGAAUAAUAGGUAUGUUGGCUUCAACUCCACACCGUACGAUCCUAGGUUCUAGGUGAGGUCAAUGGCUUGGAGAAAACGUCGCUCCUCCGACGUAUGAAGACGUGUAGACGUAUACGGAGAAAAAAAACUUCGUGCGUGGGACCCAAAGUUGA